CAGUAUACCAAACGGUUACUGACAAGCCUUGGCGACAUCGUGCUCUGCACACUUGUUUAUCCAGAAUCACACUGUCAAUUUCGAAGAAAGUAUAGAAUUUCAUAUUUGUAAUAAUGGUUGGGGGUGCCGGAUCUAUCUUCGACGGCGUAUCUCCGCUUAGCAAUUCGACUGCUCUGCUGUUAUUCCAGAUGAUAUUCAUCAUCUUAACUUGCUCUAUUCUAGGAAAGCUCUUGGGUCUUGUACGUCAACCCAGGGUAGUUGCUGAAGUCCUGGGCGGCAUUUUGCUUGGGCCAACCGCACUUGGGCAGAUCCCGGGAUACAUGGAGACAAUCUUCCCUACGGAAUCGCUUGGCCAUCUCAAGACGCUCGCUGAGAUGGGGCUUAUUUUCUUCCUCUUCAUUGUUGGAUUGGAAAUGGACUUCCAGUUGAUGACGAAGAAUGUCAGGCAAUCGACCACUAUCGCGUUGGUCAGCACUGCCGUGCCUUUCGCAACGGGUUGGCUAGUUGCCUGGGUCUUAACCCUAAUACUUCCCGAUGAAAUACCGUCGAGCUAUGGUACAUUUGGGCUGUUUGUUGCUGUGUGCUUUUGCAUCACAGCUUUCCCCGUGCUGGCGCGCAUCCUGUCAGCCUUUCACCUGACGGGUGCAAGUAUUGGCGUAACCGCCCUGUCAGCCGCCGCUAUAUCGGAUGUGAUUGCUUGGGGUUUGCUUGCUUUGGUAGUGGCACUUGCGGGAGCUGGUUCCCCGAUCACAGCGCUUUACGUAGUGAUAUGCAACGGAGUCUUCGCCGUGUUUAUGUUCCUUGCUGUGAGACCGGCACUCACGAAGCUCUUUAUACAUCGUGGUUAUGAUGAAAUCUCCCAAGAGGUCGAUGAAAAACCAAAGCCGCUAUCGUACAUGGUGACGUCCAUUAUAUUUGUGAUUGUUUUGGCAGCGAGUUGGGCAACACAGGUCCUUGGAGUUGAUGCCAUAUUUGGUGCGUUCAUCACAGGUCUCAUAAUACCACGCAUGCAGACGGUACCUGUACAACUGAUGGAAGUUACAGAGCCUCUGGUCAGUAUUGUGCUGCUUCCUCUCUACUUCGCCUUCUCGGGAUUGAAGACAGACCUAACUCUCCUGAACACCGGCAUGAUCUGGGGUAUGACGGUAUUAGUGGUCAUAGCCGUGACCAUAUGUAAAGUCCUGCCCGUGAUGGCUCUCUACCGCUGGUUUGGAGGAUCUUGGGGUGACUCGAUUGCGCUCGGGUUCCUCAUGAAUACCAAAGGCCUGGUGGAGCUGAUUGUUCUUAACAUCGGAUUGCAGGCCAAUAUCAUCAGUCCGACAAUAUUCGGGAUAUUGGUGCUUAUGUCGCUGGUAACAACCUUCAUUACUUCACCAAUUGUAUCGGCACUGUGUCACCCCAACCGCCAGCCCAGUACCGCUGGCUCGCCAGACGAGGAUGACAUUAGUGCUACAACAAACCAUGCCACGAAUGUUUCCAAACUGCAUGCUUCCCUUAUCAAGGCUGAGCUAAGCAUAGCUGUGCACGUGGAAAACAAGCAUGAUACCAAACGGUUCUCUCGUCUGCUCGGCAUGUUGAUGGUAUUGGUAAAAGACAUCCUGCACAAAACUACAGUAAGCGAGACUAUCAUAGAUCCCGUGAACGUUGGCAGAUUCCAGGUACGAAAGAGUGUCGGAGCGGCCAACGCCCCGAAGCUUGUAUCUGACCUCCCAAAUCAGUCUAAUGCCCAGGAGAAUCAAGUGGACAGUGACACACAGAACAAAACCACAGGCGAUACUCCGAUUACGCAUACAUCUCAGCGCGGGCCACAAAUCACCACACUUAAGUUGUGUGCGAUACACGUGGUCUCCACCGAUGACACAUACGCCGGGAUCACGUAUGCGACGUCGUACUUCCCCAACACACGAGCUGUAACCGACUUCCAGGAGCUGUGCAACCAGUUCAGUGUUUCGUCCUAUCCAUUCGUGGCCUUAAACCACGAUACCGAGCGAAACGGCUGUGACCAGAUAGUUGCCGAGGUUGCAACCCUGCAGCAAGGGGUAGACACACUACUACUGACCUGGGAUAGGAACGCCGCCAUUCACGACGCCGAUGGCUUCACCAAGUGUGUACAAUUGAAGCGCAAGGUCGAUGUGCUCUCACCUGUCAUGCGCACAUGUGUGUAUAUCGACUCGGCUCCCCGUUCGGCAAGCUCGCACCUAUCGCGAGACAACUACGGCCGGGGUCGGGAGGCGACAGAUACAGCGGCGGAGUUACAGAUGUUUGUGCCGUUCUUGGGUGGAGCAGAUGCCAUCGAGGCCUGCGUCCUGGCCAUACAGAUCAGCAAUGCCGCCCAGGGCGUCUAUGCGCAGGUGCAUAUCGUGGACUACACACAGUGGCUGAAGCCGCCCACAAAGAAGGAGAACGGCAAGGGACUGUCUGAGAGUGUGCGUGCCAUGGCAGACAGCUCCUCCGUCGCAUCGAUCAUUGAGAUUGACGGAGCGAACAUGAACGACGUCUACGAACAGUCGCUGCGCGCCGACACCUUCCUGGAGUUCAUGUCCACCUACACACAGACGACCUCGACGGUGAAGCUCAGCAGUCCCACGCAGGCCGAGGAGUUACUGAUUCACGACCGCACAAAGCGUGUAGGGCCUGGCUACACCGGAGCCGAUCGUUUGGCGACCUGCUCCCAGCACUUUGGCAGUUUGAUUGCAGCGCAAAAUGCCACAGAUACGAGAGCGGGAACGGAAAGCGUAUUGGUUGUGUGCGGCGCUCGCCUGCCCCCUGUCGCGACGGCAGAUAUGAAGGUGGUUGUGCCAGAGGAGGCUUGUGUGGAGGGCCAGCUUGCGGCCCAGCUGUAUGAAACCGGCUAUAAUUUACCCCUCCUGAGCGUACGGGCGUGUGACACCAGAGGAGAGACGAGGCUACGGAACUCUGAGGACAUCUGUUGAUCUCUUAGAACGGUUGAAUGUGCCUGGCUGCAAACAUAACCGGCAUCAAUACCACCACAAGGCUUUUUGCUUUUGGCCAAUUACAGGAUGCCAAAUAACUACUGAUUCAGACUCCGGUUCACACUAAGCGAUGUUGGAGACGAGGCUAUUCGUGCCCAUCACCAUGGCAACCAUACCAUACAUAGAGGAGUGCUCAGGCUAAAUAUGAACACCCGUGAAAGGGGCUGCAUAAGUGCACACCUUGUGUUCAUACUAUACUCCACUGGAUCUAUUAACUACUAACUUACUGGACCUACCGACUACUACUAUUAACUACUAACGCGUGGCGGACAAGAGCCGACGCUGUGAAGGUCGAAGACCAAACUACCAGCUACCAUCACCACAGAAACAACACAAAAGCUACACGCUGUCUAUGUCACGGCGCUUGCUUCGCCGAUUGACCACACUACUAUCUCGGGUUCAAACAAGUGGCUAAAUCUGCAGUUAUUUAAGAGCAGGUAGAAGCAACAUUUGCCCACUUCUUGGCUAAGGUUGUGAAUUGUUAUAUUGGGUAUUUAUAUCUUGGAACAUAACUACAAGGUCGUAUAGCACUGCUGUAUGAGUGAUGACACCAGCAAGAGCUCGCCUUGGUAUCGCCAACUCGGCUCGACUCGGAAGUCGGAGAACUAGACUCGUGUUGCCAACGAAGACGUUAAAAACGCAGACGUUAAGAAUGAAGUAUAAACAGCGAGAACUAUGCACAAACGAAAACAUAAAUAAAAUGGUUAAGACUG